GGAAGUCUCCUUGAAUUAAUCUACUAUAUUGCUUAAGCCUAAAGCUUAAUGGAGUAAAAUUGUUCAUAUUAACUAAUUUAGGGCUAUUGAUUCUCUGACACUCAACUAAAUCCACAGCCACCUACUGCUAUCAAGGAUCAGCUAGGCACCACGCCACCGUGGAGGACAAUCUGGCCGCACAGCAUGGCACCUCCCUACAGACACAUCACGGAGAUCCCCACUGUCUCAUUGCUGUAUAAACUCAAGCGCCUGGUCCCUGAUGCACAGCCUUUUACGUCACCUUCAAAAGCCCUCAAUGACACGAUCGCCCUGAUUCGCAGUGAUAUCACAAAGUUAGAAGGUGUCGACUGCAUCGUGAAUGCAGCGAACAGCUCUCUUCUUGGAGGUGGUGGGGUCGACGGUGCCAUCCACCGUGCUGCUGGCCAUGGUCUCCUUGAAGAGUGUCGCUCGCUCAAUGGCUGCAACACGGGUGACGCCAAGAUCACCAACGCAUAUGAUCUCCCCUGCAAACGAGUGAUUCACGCCGUUGGUCCUAUAUAUCGCUAUGAAAAAAGGCCCGAGUCUCUCCUGCGAAGGUGCUACCGCCGUAGCCUCGAACUAGCGGUUGAGAAUAAUAUGAAGAGCAUUGCGUUUGCAGCGAUCAGCACGGGUGUAUAUGGAUACCCAAGUCAGAAAGCCGCUAUCGCGGUCCUCGACGAAACUCGAACUUUUCUGGAGAACGAGGAGAACAUUGGCAAACUGGAGAAAGUCAUUUUCUGCAAUUUCGAACUCAAGGACGAAAAUGCAUACCAAAAGAUGGUUCCCCUCUUCUUUCCCCCCGACGAGCAAGACAUACCUCAAGCUAGUUAUCCACCAGCUGACUCCCCGGAAUUAGCUAACAAAGAUUCUUAUGAGUCGUCUUCUCCCUCUCCGGAACUUCUCGCGGCUAAACUUCCUGAUCCUCCAACUAUGGAACCCACCUUGGCGGGAGAGCCAGAAUGCAAGAAACACAAAAUCAGCACAGACGCCGGGACCCAAACUGCGCGUGUCGCGAGCUUUCCAGACGAUAAGAGCGUAGAUGAUAGGAGCGAAGAUGACUGGGAAGAAGUCGACAGAUCAGAGGACGGCCGCACAGAGAAACUUGAUGAUGAACCCGUCGAGAUUGACCGGCCCCUUUCGCCUACUGAUGUGCAGAGUGUGCAAUCCAGCGGGAUUAUCGAUAUGGUGCAGUCUCACUCGACAGAUGGAUUCUUAGAAAAAGAUUGAUAUUUUGUUUUGUUUCUGUGGUUAAGGAGAGUUCUCGAGCAGAGUUCAACAUGUCAAUUUUGUACAGCAUCGGUGCUAUCUCUAUAGUUGCUUAUGUAUGUAUGUUGGGGGUUUUGAUAACCAGGGCAGAGCAAAAUCGGCUUAACGAUUAACAUCAUUGUAUGACAGAG